CAGCGUGAAUGUAUUAGUGUCCAUGUCGGCCAGGCGGGGGUCCAGAUCGGAAAUGCAUGCUGGGAACUGUACUGCCUGGAACAUGGAAUCCAACCAGACGGUCAGAUGCCCUCCGACAAAACCAUCGGAGGUGGGGACGACUCCUUCAACACCUUCUUCAGCGAAACUGGAGCAGGGAAACACGUUCCAAGGGCGGUAUUUGUCGACCUGGAGCCAACUGUUGUGGACGAAGUUCGCACGGGUACAUAUCGCCAGCUUUUCCACCCAGAGCAGCUGAUCACUGGUAAGGAAGAUGCUGCUAACAACUACGCCCGUGGUCACUACACGGUCGGUAAGGAGCUCAUCGACCUGGUGCUGGACCGAAUCCGCAAGCUGGCUGACCAGUGUACCGGUCUUCAGGGAUUUCUCAUCUUCCACAGUUUUGGAGGAGGCACCGGCUCUGGAUUUACCUCCCUGCUCAUGGAACGCCUGAGCGUCGACUAUGGGAAGAAGUCCAAGCUGGAGUUUGCCGUCUACCCAGCACCCCAGGUGUCCACGGCUGUGGUCGAGCCUUACAACUCCAUCCUGACCACCCAUACCACCCUAGAGCACUCCGACUGUGCCUUCAUGGUCGACAACGAGGCCAUCUACGACAUUUGUCGACGCAACCUUGACAUCGACCGUCCGACCUACACUAACCUGAAUCGACUGAUCAGCCAAAUUGUCAGUUCCAUCACAGCUUCACUGAGGUUUGACGGCGCUCUCAAUGUUGACUUGACGGAGUUCCAGACCAACCUGGUGCCCUACCCACGUAUCCAUUUUCCGCUGGCUACCUACGCUCCAGUAAUCUCCGCAGAGAAGGCUUACCACGAACAGUUGUCUGUAGCUGAAAUUACCAACGCCACUUUCGAGCCGUCUAACCAGAUGGUGAAAUGUGACCCACGUCACGGGAAGUACAUGGCCUGUUGUAUGUUAUACAGAGGUGACGUCGUUCCCAAAGACGUCAACGCCGCCAUUGCUAACAUAAAAACAAAGAGAACCAUCCAGUUCGUUGACUGGUGUCCCACUGGGUUUAAAGUCGGUAUCAACUACCAGCCACCAACGGUCGUCCCUGGUGGCGACUUAGCCAAGGUCCAGAGGGCUGUCUGUAUGUUAAGUAAUACCACCGCCAUUGCUGAAGCUUGGGCUCGUCUUGAUCACAAGUUUGACCUGAUGUACGCCAAACGUGCUUUCGUCCACUGGUACGUGGGGGAGGGGAUGGAGGAGGGAGAGUUCUCGGAGGCUCGGGAGGAUCUGGCUGCUCUGGAGAAGGACUACGAAGAAGUCGGCGUUGACUCAGUGGAGGAAGAAGGGGAAGAGGGGGAAGAAGAUUAUUAA